GAUUCUGGCUUCAUUUGUAACAUGCAAUUUCAUGAAAGCUCAGUUCUUGCAACAUCUUGAGCCUCAAUAUCACGCAUUCUGCUAUAACAGAUGAUCUCUAAAAACACGCUCUAUUGAAGAUAAUUUACCUUGUCGAACUAGAAAACUAAUUCCAUGGUGGCUGCCAAGCCUUGUAUCCUGUGUAUGUGGAAAAGUAGAGGCUUUUGACAGGAGUGCCAGGGGUGAGUUCUUUUGGACUCUGUCACAGCUCAAACUGCUGGGAGUGGAGAAAUGCAACUGAACUGAGGGAAAUGGGUCAUAACUGCAGACUGCUCACAUUCAAGCAGCUGCUUCUGUUUUCUGGCACUGCAAAUUAUCAUGGGUAUGCUUUACCCUGUCUGGCAACAUAAUCUCAAUUCCAACCUGUAGUGUUUUACCAGUAACACAUUUUAGAACUGAUACAGCAAAUUUUAACUUGUUUUACAAGGCUACUUUUUCAAGCAUCUCUUGCUCUCAUCUUCAUCCUCGCUCAUUCCCUGAAUUGUUUGCUUGAUGUAGAUGAUUUUUUCCAUGUGACGAAGCUGCGGGCAGGCUUUUUAUUUGAUGUAUUUUUCAUGUGUUAAGGCUAUUAUUGAGAGAUGGAAGGGGGAGAGACUAUAGACAGCCUGAAGGUGCAACACUUGAAUGGGGAUGUUGUUAGAGCCAGGGGUUGGUGGGGGAGGAUAAGAGGAGAGUUCUCUUCUGUUGCUAACAAUUGCUUGUCAUGGGAUAGGGAGGUAAUGUACUUACUGGGUCUGAUGUGCAAGCACCAAAAGUCACACUCUGCCUCAUGAUAUACCAUCAGAAAAACAAAAACUGCAGCGCCAUUAUGGGAAAUAAAGCUGGUGGGGAAAUGGUUCUCAAAUGUCCUUAACUCUUAUAUGAUGAUGGGUGUUAUGCUUUUAUUGUCACAGCAUACCAUAACACCAAUAUAAUCUCAGUCUUUCCUUAUUUUAGUGCAAAGAUAUACAUGGCCAAGUAGACUAUUUUCCACUCAUUUCACCAGUUUCAAGUUAUGUGGUCCCUUCCCAAUUUAGGAAGUGAGUCAUGGUAGGCCAGCGGUCCGUUGAGUUACACGGGAAAAGAGAGCGGAUGGGCGGGAGGAAGAGGAGGGGAGGAUUCAGAUUAACAUCGCCAGAGAGGGUCGCUCGGAGGAGGGUAAACCAGGGAGGACACUGUAUCUUAUUCGCGGACGAAAAAGGACAACAACCCAGCGAGUGAAUCUCAAACAAAACUGAAAAUGCUUCAGCAAGAUCAGGCCAUGAACCCUGUCUUUGGAGGUCAGGGGCUGGUAGGGCCACCGGCAACACUGCGUAUCCAUUCCAACAGUCAGAAGAGAUGCGAGAAGGAUGGUAACUUUAACUUCCUGGGCCAAAAUGAUGAUGCCAGUAUGGGAGAUGAAAACCGCAACCAGGUGCGUCCAAGAGCUUUGGGCCCACUAGGUCGUGAUUCAUCCAUUUCUUCCAGCCACUAUGGGUCUGGGCCUCUCUCCCCUCUGUCCCGUCUGCCUUGCUGGAGCCCACUGGAGCCUCUGCCUGAGAUAGAAAGUGGAGAUGAUAUGGGCGGCAGAGUGCCCCCGGAUGGCGCAGAGGAAGGUAAGGUGGAUGAAGAGAUAAGGAAAGUGACAGAUGAUGAAAAGGAGCAGGCUUUGGGGGAGAGUGAGAAAGCAGAGGAACUACUGGAUGAGGAGGAAGAUGGAGUGAUAGACUGGGUGGAUAGCAAUGAAGAGUUUGAAUUUAGCUACAGAUCUGAAAGCUCUUCCCCAUUCAGCACAGAGAGUGGUGACAUAGAGGGUGCAGGAGCCCACAAUUCCAUCUGGGAUCAAAUCUGCCGUGGACAUGCAAUGACAGACAAUGGGAACACAACUGCAGACCAACUGAAAAAUCAGAACCGUAGUGGAGGUAAGAAGGCAGAGCGGUGCCAAGAGAGUCUGGUGGGUAUUGAUGCAGUUGAAGAUGGCUCAUCAGAAUCAGAUACUCUCCCCUGUACUGAGCUGCCAGACCAUAUGGAGGCUGUUUGGACGCUGCAGGAUCGGGAGACGUUUAAGGCACAGGAGAUGGAGAAGCAUCACGUCCAACUGACCAUGUACCGCCGCCUGGCCCUCAUCCGCUGGGUUCGCACCUUACAAAACCGUGUCCAGGAGCAACAGAAUCGCCUCCAGUCCAGCUUCGACAUCAUUCUUACACACAGGAAAGAGCUCCUGCGCAUGGGUGCUGCCACUGCAACCCAAUAACAGAGGAAAAGUCAUGAGACCAGCGGAUCACAGAAGCGAAUGACUAAUUGCGGUGUCAUGUGGAAAGUAAUCUUAGCAUCUCUUUUAUUCUUUUGAAUCAUAUUGCCUCCUUGGUCUCUGAACUUCUGAUGCCCCAAUGUUCCACAAUGUUUUAUCACUGUCAUAAAUAUGGUUAAGCAUCCUCCAAAACAUCCACCUUGGUCAACGAUGUUUCCAGACUUUUCCAGACCUGAUGUGUUUAAAUAAUUACAUAACAUACAGUGUAUAUUUCAUAUGUUCAAAAUAUAUAUAUACACAAAUUAAAUAUAAAAAAAUAAAAUAUAUUUAACAAUUGA